GCAUCCAGACACGCCCCACUACAUGGCAUGCACGAUAAGCUGUUGGAUUCCAUGUGAUCGUACAAUGUCGAAUUGUUCCGCUUUCGCCAACCCUGUUCGAGUCGGCACUCGCUCAAUAUAUUGGAUCGUUGAAGAGAAUAAGCUGACUGUUCAACAUGGAUACCCUGGACGGCUUUGAAGACGUCUGGCAGAAUGCCGUCGUCGGCUACGAGGCUGAGACCGAGCGAAAAUUGGAAGGCGAUGCUACAUUCCGGAAAUUCAGGACGCUCACCGAUCUCGACAAUUACAUUGAGGAACACGAGAAGAGCUUCACAACCUUCCGCAAGGAACAUCGCAAGCUGUAUCGAGGAUUGAACAGAUGUUUCACCCCUUUGGUACCAAUCUUCACCAUUCUGAAGGGACCUUUGGAACAAGGCCCUUACGCACCCGCUGCGAUUGCUUUAGGAGCCGCCUCAUAUUUGCUGCAGGCUUGUGAGAAGGUCACGAAAUGCUAUGAUGCCGUCGAAGAAGUUUUCGACCAUAUCGAGAAUAUCACUGUGCGCUUCAAGGAGUAUGAGAAUUCGACUAUGGAGAAGUCUUUGCGAUCUAAGAUGGCUCAGAUAUUGGCAUACAUUCUAGAAAUCAUGGGGAAAGUUGAGAAGGUCGUGCGGCGCAAACGCAUCAAGCAGUGGGCCAAAUCAAUAUUUCUCACGGACGAUGACAUCAGCCCUUGCAUCAAGAAAUUACACAAAUUCGCUGAAGACGAACUCGGGUUGGUCGUAGCAUUGACCUUUGCUCGGGUCGGCGAUGUCCAGGAUGCUGUAGGCGAGCUUCAAGAGGCGCAGGAGGAAGUGCGUAAGGGCGUGAGUGAGGUCUUGACCAAUCAACGAAAUGAGCGCCUGCGGGCUUUCAGCGAAGCAGAAGAGGCCAAAAUCAGCGCAGCGCUGAAAACGGAAGCUACUCAUCAUAUCUCAGCCAAAUACAAUACAAACGCUGAAGCACUUACCAAAGGCACCGGCAUCUGGAUCAAAGAUGAUCCCAUGUUCCAAGCUUGGGAAGAAGAAAAGGCUCCAAUCCUGUGGAUUCUUGGUAAGCCUGGAGUUGGCAAAACAAUGCUGGCCACGCGGACCGUCGAAGUAUUGAAGACAAAAUUCCCACAACAUCCCGAUAUACCUUCAUUGACAUCGGUCAGUUACCUUUACUUCAAAGAUGACAAUCCUGAACUUCAAGACUGUACCAAGAUGUGGAAAGCAGCGGCUUCACAGAUCGUGAACUCCAACAAGCGCUUCAAGAAGCAUGUUCUCUCGGUUCUGAAGCAAGAUGAUGCAUUCGCCUCAUCGCGUCGGGCUUGGGAACUUCUGUUUUUGAACUUUUUCACCGAAGAAAGUUCGACUCAGGGUGAGACGAGCUUGGCCUUUAUCAUCGUGGACGGUCUCGAUGAGGCACCAGAAGGAGAGCGAGUCAAGUUUCUCGCAUGUAUGGCCGAGCUCACCAAUCGAGUCACCGAUCGGACGCGCUGCCGGAUCCAAAUUGCAAUAUUUGCAAGACCUGACGUGAGAGCCGAUCCAGGAUUCGACAAAAUCGGUUGGUAUCGCUCCGGUCGAAUUAUCAUCACGCCAGAGCGAAAUUCAAAAGACAUCGGUGCGUUCAUCAAGCAGAAUCUCGGCGACGUCCUCGUCCUCAAGCUUUUGCGAAAGCGUAAGGCUGUGAAAGAGCGCGAGAGCCUCGCAAAGCACAUCUACUCCGUCGUUCAAUCCAGAUCGGGGGGCAUGUUCUUGUGGGCAAGUCUUGUAUUCCACCAAAUCCGUGAUCUGCCUUCUGCUGAGGCAGUCAAGACUUCCCUUGCUCAGGCUCCAGAUGGACUGGAUGAUAUGCUUCAUCACGUGUUCAAGCGAUUCGACAAUGAGGAGCAGACAAGGCAGAGCUACUUGCGCGAUCUAUUGACAUGGGUGCUGUGCACCUAUCGGCAAUUGACUAUCUCGGAGCUCUUUGUGCUUCUGCAUCUCACAGCCGGCCAACACUGCGUCUCGAUUAAGCAGGAUCUUCUUACCAGAUACUCCAGCAUUUUCACCAUUACCGGAAAUUCUGGUGAAGAAAUAGAUGAUGAAUCAAGUGCGGGUGGGGAGGCCGCAAUGGUGCAAGAAGACAAGGAUGAUGAUGGCGAUGACGACUUUGACUUUGUUGACGACGAAGAUUCCGAGGGAGGGGACAUUGCCGACGAUGACACAGAAGGCGAUACAGUGGAGGACGAUGCGGCGCCCGGAGAGAGCGAAACCGUUUUCGAGGCUGGUAAUAUGAUCGCCGACUCCUGGCAUGAUGGUGUCGUCACCUUCACGCACGCUCGCAUUCGAGACUACUUGACAACUGAGUGCGAUCCUGCGACGCGACGUUGGGAUGAUUGCUCCUUGUUCAACCACGACUUAAAUGAAUCAAAAUUGCGUAUCGUGGCGGCAUGCAUUCGAAUCUUGGCGACAGACAUCGCCGACAAGUACAAUGUCGGUGGACUGACAUUGUACGCGCGAUACAAUUGGCCGAAGCACCUUUUGGACAUUGACUACGGGGCCAUUGGAGGCGAUCUGUCCACCAAGCUUGCGCGUACAAUUGCAAGCCUGUUUAAAGAUGGCGAGAAAUUCGUUUCCUCGAGCUACGGGCAUGUGGACAACUUCACGGCAAUUUGGUUUGAGACUCCGAGAUAUCUCCAAGUGGUCCGACGUCUAAUCUCCGAUCACAUCGAAGAUCUUGAUGAGGGUCACCAAGAUUGGGCAAGGCGUGUGCAGAAGUCCACUCGAGCCUUGUUUGAAGGUAUGGUGUCUACCUGCGCCACCCGCUGGCUGACCAAGACCGGCUUUGACGAUCCAGCAUAUCUGGACAAGUCUGAGUUUGAGUCGUGGCUAUUAUAUGCAUUCAACUCGUUGGGUGACGAUGGCGUUGAUGAGGAAGAUCCUCCCGUCUUCUACUACGGUGGAUCCAUUCCGCUUGAGGACAUCGAAAAGAUCGCAGACCUCAUCGAUCUACCGAAAAAUGAGCAUUGGUACACUGGGGUGGCCUGGAUCAUGAUGGAAGCCGACGAGACUCUCCAUACACAGCGCGCUAUCGAGUAUUUCAACAAGGCAAGAAGUAUGGCAGAAGGCGCGUGGGUUGCGCUUGAGGGACUUGCAGUCUGCCAUGGCAACAUGGGCCUCUAUCGAGAAGCCGUGGACUUCAUGAACGAGGCCAUUCAACAGCUCCCCAAGACUGACGACUACGAAGGUAUAGACUUCCAUCUUCGCAGCAAGAUGGGUACUUGGCAACGAGAAUUAGGAGAUCCUCAAGAGGCCCUUCGUGUGACCCGGCAAGCCUAUGAAGGAGGUCUCGACUUUUGGUACCCAUCAUGGACCGUCGCCGAUCAUCACACGCGACUCAGUAUAUGCAAUUAUAUCGAGGCUUUGUACAAUCUUCAUCAGUAUGACGACAUCCUCAAAGUUGUGCACGAGCUGGAUGCCAAGAAGACAGGCGAAGAGGACCGUUCCAUGUGGAUUGUCUUCCUCCGAUCGCAGUUCGAUGAUGUAUACGACAUCGACAUGCACGAGAAGCUCGAGACGAUAUGUCGCUCACUGGGCCGAGAUUUGGUUGUGCCCUUGAUGCGCAGCAGUACAGAACGCGCGGUUCCACUCCAACGUGGAGCAUUUUCUGAGUCUGGAAACCUUUGGGUCAUCGUGACCUGCAUCAGGUGGCUCAAUGACAUGUCGGACGAGCAGAAAUACGUCACCGAGCUGUGUGAGAAAGUGAUCGAAAUUAUCGAUGCUGGAGACGAGACGGUGCAGCAAAAUUCAUGGUGGCACAGAGAUACGCUUGCCGAUCUUCUGGCUAUGCUUUACCUCAAGACCGCCAUCGUCGAAAAGGCUGAAGGCCGAAGCCCCAAAUCCAUCAUCGCUCAGCUCGACGGCCUUGCGUACCACCAGCAGGGCAGCAAGCGAUAUGUGCGAGCCUCUUUCCCUGCUCUGUGUAUGGGAGAAUGGCUCAAUAGAUACGAAGGAGCGGAGAAAGCUACUUGGCAAGCGUAUAUUCGACCUUCGAUAAAGCAAGCUCUAUACCUAUUGAGCGACAACGAUCCCUGGAAUGAUCAAUCUGCCUAUGCCAAGCUCGGUCGAGCUUUGCUUUGUGCUGAUGAUUUCGAUAACGCUCGCAUUGCCCUUGGAGUCACCAUGAGACCGCUCGAGGAGGCCCUCGAGGAGGCCGCCUACGCUGCUGAUGGAACCCAAGAGACUUCUGACGACACUACGGAAAACACUGAAGACGAGAUUGAAGAUUUCGAACAUGUAACGCUCGACGACGAUGCCGAUGGAGACCUCACGAAUGGAAAGGAUCAAGGUGAUAAGCGAUAUGAUUUAACGCUCGGUGAACCGCAUGAAGGUGAAGAUACAGCAGCCGAUGCGCAAACGAAUCAUGACAGCCACACAGCCGAGGAGGAUCCCGAGAAGAACACCUCAACAGCUGAAAUCAACCAAAAUGUCGAUACAGUCGAAGGCUCCUCCAAGGAGACACCCGAAUCCAACCCACCAGAGAACAUCAAAUACGCCGGCUUCGAGCACAUGUGGCACUGCGACGGCUGCGCGACGUCCCGCAACAAAUUCACCCAGCCCUACCACGAACUGCACUUCUGCCGCAUCUGCAUCGACGUCUGCUUCUGCGAGACGUGCAUGGCGUCACUCCGUGCCGACAAACUGGAUUACUGCAAGGGCUGCAGUAGCACCCAUGAGCACAUCCAGAUUUUCCCCGUCAGCGAUCGGGCGAGGGAGUUGACGGACGCGUUGAUGGAGACGAGAUUUAGCGUUCAGCAGGAGUGGCUCGACGGUCUCAAGGUUACUUGGGGCGACGGGGAGAUCGAUGGCGUGGAGGAUAACAAGACGGCGUGAUAUAAGUGUUCGCCGCUGCCCCUUCUGGUCCGUCCAUCCACCGUUCUCUUUCGGGAUGACAUGGUCACCUCAUCGCCGAGAUCCCUUCAUCGAUAAGCCUCGGUCAACGGUGAUGGGACGUCCGCUUUCGCCGUGUCGGUAACGCUAUC